CAAUAAUUUACAUAUAAUUUUGUUUUCAUUUGUUCAAAAUUCAUAAAUUUGAACGAAUGAAAAUUAUUUACAAAUAAAUGUUAGCAUAACCUAAAAUAAUUGUCCUUGUUCUGACUUUGAUAGGUGCCAAAUUUAAAAAUAGGUGCAACGCACCGUUUUUAGACGAUUCUUGAAAAUGGGAACUAAAACUUUAACCAGACAGGGUAGUACCCUGGAAGAAAACAUUUAUUUAGAUCAGUUUCUAAAGGUUUCAAACUAUGAAGAUACAGUUAAGCAACUUGAUAUUUAUUAUGGAAUGGUCAAAAGGCAGUUGUUACGUUACCAAAGCCCGAUAACAGGAUUAUUUCCAGUUUUAUCUUCAGAUACUGAAAUAGGAAGUGUAAGGGAAAGUGUUUACUGUGCAGCAGCUGUUUGGGGUUUAUAUCAAGCCUAUAGGAGAAUAGAUGAUGACAGAGGCAAAUCAUAUGAAUUGGGGCAAUCUACAGUAAAAUGCAUGAGAGGCAUAUUGGAAUGUUGGAUAAAGCAAGCUAAAAGAAUAGAGUUAUUUAAGAAAAACCAAUGUUCAGCCCAUGCCUUGCAUGUUAAAUUUCAUCUAACCACAGGCAAUAUAGUCUAUACUGAUGAUGAAUACAACCACUUGCAAAUUGACGUGGUAUCAAUUUAUUUACUAUUUCUUGUUCAAAUGAUUACAUCCGGCAUGCAAAUCAUUUACACCCAAGAUGAAGUAGCAUUUGUCCAAAAUUUGGUGUACUAUGUCGAAAGGGCCUAUAGAACCCCAGACUUUGGAAUGUGGGAGCGAGGCAGCAAAUACAAUGAUGGUACCCCUGAAAUCCAUGCCAGUUCCAUUGGAUUAGCGAAAUCUGCCUUGGAGGCAAUUAAUGGUUGCAAUCUUUUUGGGGAAAAGGGAGCCUCUUGGAGUGUUGUUUAUGUUGACAUUGAUGCACAUAACAGAAACAGGAGUAUCUUUGAGACUUUGUUGCCCAGAGAAUCCUGUUCAAAGGAUGUAGAUUCCUCUCUAUUGCCUACAAUAUCAUUUCCUGCAUUUUCUACACACGAGGAUAUUUUAUAUGGCGAAGCCAAAAAUAAUAUAAUCAGUAAAUUAAAAGGCCCCUAUGGAUUUAAGAGAUUUAUAAGAGAUGGAUAUAAAACAGCUAUUGAGGAUCCAAACAAAAAGUAUUAUGAAAAAUCGCAAUUAAAAGACUUUGAAAACAUAGAAUGUGAAUGGCCUCUUUUUUACAUAUUUAUGAUAAUAGAUGGGGUUUUUAAGUCACUACCAGAACAAAUAACAGAAUAUCAAGAACUUUUAACAAAAAGAAUAUAUGUUGACACUCAAGGAGAUCCCAUAAUACCAAUGUAUUAUUAUGUCCCAAAAGAUUAUGUAGAGGCCGAAAGGCAAGAACCUAACAGUUGCCGUAGGGUAGCCCUAACUGAAGGAGGUUUGUGCCUUUGGAACCAGGCCAUGUUUAUAUUAGCACAAUUGUUGACAGCUGGUCUACUACACAUCAACGAACUGGACCCUAUAAGGAGGUAUUUGCCUUCAUAUAACAGGCCUAGAAAGGGAGGCAGAUACUCCGCUUUUCAGGCAAAACCAUCUGUUGGCACAGCCACGGACUUGGUGGUCCAAAUUGUUUUAAUUGCCGAAAGCAUGCGUUUACAAGCCAUGAUGGCCACUUAUGGCAUCCAAACGCAAACACCGCACGAGGUGGAACCCGUCCAGAUAUGGUCAUCUACUCAGUUGGUAAAAGUCUAUCAAAAUUUGGGCGUUAAUCGCAAGCUUAAACUGCAAGGACGGCCUGUAAGACCCGUAGGUAGUUUGGGUACAAGCAAAGUUUAUAGAGUAUGUGGUGCCACUGUGCUUUGCUACCCUCUUAUAUUCGAAGUGUCCGAUUUCUACUUGUACCGUGAUAUGGCGCUACUUAUAGACGACAUCAAAACCGAACUGCAAUUCGUUGGGAGGUAUUGGAGGUUAUCAGGGAGGCCUACAGUUUGCUUGCUUAUUAGGGAGGAGCAUAUGAGAGAUCCGCAAUUCAAACAGAUGCUAGAUUUGCUUGCCAUGCUGAAAAAAGGAUAUUGCGAUAGCGUUAAAGUGAGAAUUGGAAGACUGCAAAAUCUAAUAUCGAGUUCAUGUGUUGAACACCUCGACUUUAUGAACAUCAUGGAGGCUCCAUGCGAUAAUUUUAACAAAUUCAAGCAACUUGCACAUGACUAUAUUGGUUAUCAAAGUUUAACAGAUGUUCCCAGAGUUUUACAUUAUCAAGAAGAAGAAAAGGAUUGCACGAUUUACAAAAGUAAGUCAACGCAUGAGAUAGUCGAGGCCGUCAAAGCAAUGGAUAGUCUCUAUGCCCGCUGCCAACUGUUCGGUAUUCUGCAAAAACGCGAGGGCAAACAAUUUGUGGUUGACAAGAACACAGUUCAGGAACAUCUACAAAAUUUAUACUACAGAGCCGGUAACGUCCGUCACUGGGCGGCAGUGCGGUACACUAGCAGUUUAUUACAUCACAAUGUCGACUCCAUCAGCCCUUUCAUAACGGCUGUGUUAGUACAUGGAAAACAAUUAACUGUUGGCGUCAUAGGUCAAAAAGAAACAGUUUUCGACAAACCAAUGACGCCCAAUGAAAUACAAUCCGUGGUAUACGACACCAUUCAACCGUAUGACGUCAUACAGGCGGUUUUACAGCAAGAGGUCAUAUUGUACUGCGGCCGAUUGAUAUCGACCAAUCCCGAAUUGUUUCGAGGUAUACUUAAAAUUCGAGUCGGUUGGGUUUUGGAGGCCCUUAAGUAUUACCUGGAGAUUUUUGGAAAGUCCAAGAAAAUAGAAGAGCACAGUCCGUAUGAAGUCAGGCAGUUGUUGUACAAGGUUUUAUCGAUAAAGGAGUGGAACUCUAAAGAUCAGUUAACACCAAGGCAAAGAAGACAGCUGGAAGGAUGUUUGUGCAGAGUUCCUUCCUGUUUCUACAAUCAGGUCUGGGAUGUGAUGACUAGAACUCCCCAAGGUAUUAAAGUGGCUGGUAAAAUAAUUCCACAGCAACCAACUUUAUCACAAAUGACAAGAAACGAACUCACCUUUUCUCUGCUAGUGGAGCAAAUUAUAUCGAAUACUAUGCUAAAUCAUAUACAACAGCCUGAAUACAGACAACUAAUUGUUGAAUUAUUAAACAUAGUAUCAACAAUUUUGGGCAGAAAUCCAGAAUUGACAUUUAGCCAACCUUUAGAACUUGAACAACUUAUCAAAGAUGCCGCACAUAUGUUUGCCAAGGAUAAUAAUUUGAAGGAAGAAAAUAUUUCUAAUUUAGUGGAAAUUCCAUAUUUGCAAUCUACUGGGUAUUUAGCUAGAGCUGUUGUAAAUAAUGUACUAAAAGGAGGGCAGCUUCAACAUGAGAUAGAAAGUGAUUCAGAAUCUUGUUUAAUUUCAUAAAGUAAUAAUUGUUUUAUCACUUUCGAAAAUAAGUUAAACUUUUACCACUUGGUUUUUUUAUUUAGUUAUUUUUAUAAGUAUUUAAGACUCAAAUAUUUAUUCAAUAAUAAGUUUUGAUAAUAAAGAUUUAUUAAUUGUUAUUUAGUAGUUUUAUUUUUCAAAACUAAUACUUAAAAUAAAUUUGUAUUAUUUUAAUUCAACAGUUUAUUAAAGAAAUUUAAAAUUUACGUACAACCUUUAUAUAAAACAAACAUUAAUUAAAUAAAAAAUGGUAUAUUAAAUAUAUACAUGUUAACUCUUAGUAAUAUGUUCUAAUGAAAUGUAUCAACAAUGACAAUAUUAAAACAACCAAUGCAAGCCCUAGCCCUGCUAAAUACAUAAAUCUAUUUGUGUCUUGUACACUAGGCAAUGUCUCUUCACUGUCUGUUUCCAAAUUAUCAGUGUAAUAAUCAGUUGUUUCUAAAAAGCAAAUAAAUGAAGAGUUUUUACUAUUAUGGUUGAGUACUACUUACCAGCUUGUCCCUCUACAUCAAAAAUAGUAUUUUUAUCUGUUAUUUUUAUGUCCAGCAUUUCCUCCAAAGAAGUCUGGGCAUCUUCAGGACCUUCUCCUGGGAAGAGGUAAUCAGAGAGCAUUAUGCUGUUUGUUGGUAAGGACACUAAAACCCUUCUUGGUGGCUCAUGAACACUAUUAAGAUCUAAAAAUAAAUAAUA